ACUCUGCCUCCCUUGUCAUUUGUUGGUCCAUAUAUGUGAACAAAAGGUACAUUGGGGGAGAAAACUGUAGCAACAAUUCUGGGCUCACAAGGAGCCACGAAGGGCAAGGAUCAGUAAGACAAGUGGUUGGCUUCACAGAUGAAAGCACCUUGUCCACUUCCUCAGAAGGGAGAAGCCGAAACCGAUCCCAAUUUACCGGCUUGCAACUGGCCAACUCUGGUUCAUCGACUGUGUCCAUGGCACGCGGGAUCGAGCUCCGUCCCAAGUCAUGGGGAGCACUGCUGAGCCUCUGAGCCGCUUUUGCCGCUGGUACAUCUACGCCAUCCACGGCUAUUUCUCGGAAGUGAUGUUCACGGCCACGUGGGCCUUCAUCGUGGACCAGGACUGGAAGUUCCAGGGCGUGACCAGCGUGUGGGCCCUCUUCAUCUACGGGACCUGCAGCCUGGCCUUAGAGCGCAUCUACCUCCUGCUGAGGGGCCGGACUUCCCUCCUGACCCGCGGCACCCUCUACACCUUUUGCAUCUACCUCUGGGAGUUUGCCACGGGCUACGUCCUCCGCUGCUUCAAUGCCUGCCCGUGGGACUACAGCCACUUUCGCUACAACUUCAUGGGCCUCGUCACCCUGGAGUACUGCCUCUUCUGGUUCAUCGGCGGCCUCCUGCUGGAGAAAAUGGUCAUCCGCAAUGUCCUCCGGCUCCGGCUGCAUGCGGCCUGCAAGCCCCAGGGGAAUCCUUUCCCCAGAUUUGAACUUAAAGAGGACUGACCUUCGGGAGGUGAGAAAGAGAUGAUGGGCAGACUCCAUCUCCUGCUUUCCUUGGACUAAUCCCUGAGCCUUUCUUUCCCUCCUUACAAGGCCAGGAGGGAGGGCGGGGGACAUCUGCUGAGAAUGUCUCCAUGAAGCACUGGGAUGUAAUGGAGAGAGUGCUGGACUCGAUCCAGGGGGACGGGGUGAAAAUCCCCCAUCAUCCGCAAAGCUCAUUGGGUGAGCUUGGGCUAGUCCCAGUCUCCCAUCCUAACCUACCUCACAGGGUUGUUGUGAGGAUGAGAUGGGGGGGAAAGAAGCUGCGUUAUACGGAGGUCGACCCUUGGUUAGUUUAGCUCAGUGUUGUCGGCACUGGCUGGCCGGGGGUGUCCAGGGUUUUAGUCUCUCCCAGCCCUCCCUGGAGAUGCCAUUAGGGAUUGUACCGGGGACCCUUUGCACCCUAGAAUCAUAGACUUGCAAGCAAUCUAAAGACCAUCUGUUUCAACCUCCUCUUGCUAUGAGCGAAGCUCCCAAUCCAUAGCGACACAGGAAUCUGCCUUAUACCGAAUCAGGCGAUUGGUCCAUCUAGCUCAAUAUUGUCUACUCUGACUUGUCAGCAGCUCUCCAGGGUUUCAGGCAGGAACUUUCCCAGCCAAGGAUCGAACUUUGGAUCUUCUGCAUCUAAAGCGAGUGUUCUGCCCCUGAGCCUACAGCCCUUCCCCAAAAGCUCCUGCACAACUCACACCCCUGGUGGAUUGCACUGCUGCCACAUUCUCCGGACAGCUUCCAGUUCCUUCUCGAAGAGCAAGGAGCUCUUGAAGCAAUGUUUGAGGAGCCGGGGGCGGGGGGACUCUUGGAGUGGCUCAGGCCCCCUCGAUCUGAGAUCUGUCCAGCCCUCCAUCCCCUCAGAGCAAUGAUGUCACCGUACAGCCAGGCCCACGGGUCAGUUUUUGGACGUUUCUGAGUCACACCAGCUUAGAAAACACAAACACAGGCAAGCCUUGUUGUAGAUUGCACAGAAAGGGAGAGCAAGGCAUUCUGCAAAUACCAGCAAUCAUUUGAAGGGGGGGGGGAACCAAAACACUCAACACACAGAUAUACAGGCUAUGAAAUCUUAGAUCUAUGCAAACAUACAUCUUCAGCUGGAAUGAAGUUUCCCGUGGGCUGUACAAGAGAAAAGUGUGUUUUGGCCGUUUUUAUAUGUCAGGGUAGCCCCUGCCCCCCAAAAACCCAGCCAGCUCAAUGGACAGACUCCUUCAUAGAUUUUUUUACCAAUCUGGUUAGAUGUUUGCCUGUCUGGCACUUGCAGAUGCAGAUUCAGGUCUGCUGGUAGUGCCCAGUGCCCCCUGGGGCUACUAGGUGUAAGGCAGGGAGUAGCUAGAGGCAGAGCCAAGGACAGGCAGAGCCAACCAAGGCCACUGUUGCAUAGAUCAUCUUUUUUGCAUAGGGGCUGUUACGCUCAGGGCCUGCUAGCAGGAUUCCCAUUGGGGCAUCUGGUUGGUCACUGUGAGCACUAGAUGACGGACUAGAAAGUCCACUGGCCCGAUCCAUCUGCAGUUCACUGGCAAAUUCAGGUUGUGCAAUUAAAGUUGAUUUGGUGCUCUUGCACAACAAGCCUGCCUGAACAGAGAAAGAAAAGAAAAAAAGGACUUUCUGCAGUAAGGAACAUGAUGGAGGAAUGCACUGCAAGGUGUGAGGCAACAGUUGCUUGAUGCAACGCUGUCUGGCCUCCCUGCAAACAAAUUGGAAGGAAUGCUUGAUAAAUAGCUAACAUCAUCUAACCUCCCAGCAACCUCUGGGUGCUUCCAGGCUAUUGCUAUUUUGGAGUGGGAUUCAAUCACGUACCAGCAUGUUCAGGUUGUACAAUUAUAGUUUACCAGCCUUGCAUGUGCCAUUGCUCAGGAAUUCUAAAAAGCCAACAAAACGGUGCAGGUUUGAAAUCAGUGAUUAAAAUCAGUGCAAUUUUGAAAGGCUCAGUCCACCAUCUUGAUUCAAAAUGGCAUCCAAUGGUAUCCAAGCAUAGAUGAAAACCUGCUCCUCAAUCUCAAGAACCUGAAUUUGGUUACAAUGUCUUAAGAGGGGUCUAAAUGCUUAGCACAGCAAAGACACAAGCAACUCUUUGAAAUAUGUGGUAGACUGGGACGUCUUGCACAACAAACCUGCUUCCCCCAAAAGGCUGAGCUUUUUGUGAGAAGGAAAGUGACGGCGGGAAAAUACAUUGGAAAGUGUGGGGUUGACAUUGCUGUGAUGCAACAUCAUCUAAACUCCCAGCAAACAAAUCAGGACGAAUGCUUAACAAACAGAUCGUUUGAAAGCGGCCUUACUUGACCAAGUCCAUAUUUCUCAGCCCCCCCCCCUAAAAAAAAUCCUUACUGGAAACUGCCUGCUUGCUUGGAUGAGUUGCUUCUGUUUGCAAAUCCAAGCCUGUCAUCCAGCAGCUCCUUAGUUGCCAAUGCCGAUACAGUUCCAAGUGCUUGAACAGUGUUAUCUUGUUCCUGUGAGACCGGGGGAUGCGAAACACUGGAUUGCUCAGCACAUCUCAAGGGCCUCCUUCUCGCACGUGCCUGGAUGUUGUGAUCAUCAGCAAAGGCCCUGUUCUGGGUCCCACCAUCACACUCUCUAUAGCCAGACAGUUGACAGGGGAGAGAGCAGGUUUUCUCACUUGUGGCAGCCCACGAGUGAAUGCCAUCCCAGACUCCAGGAUCUUUGUCUUUGCGAUCCUGGGCAGGGGGAUACAUUUCUGUUUGCUCUCGCCUUCCAACCAGACAUCUGAAAUGAUGCUGGGAACAUACAAAGCUGGUCUUAUACUGGGUCAGACCAUUGGUCCAUCCAGCCCUAUCAUCUAGGCCAGCUGAUAGGGGCUCUCCAGGGUUUCAGACAGAAGUCUUUCCCAGCCCUACUUGGAUGCAACUUGUCACCUUCUGCAUGCAAAGCAGGUGGUCUUCAGUCUGUCCCAUGAAAAUAAAACAAUGGCCUUAUGGAUGGUGCUGGGUUUUUUGAAAACUAUUUUACUGUUUCUGCUACAUUAAUUUAUGGGGGUGGCAUUGUUACUAUAUUUUACUUGUAGUUCAUAUUGUUUUAAAAUUGUUGAGCCACCCUGGGAGUUCAUUAAACUGAAGGAUGGCGUAGAAAUUUCACCAACAAACCAAAUAAUUUCCAUUUCAGAGCUUAGAUGCAGAAUUCUAGCAGUGAUUUUAUGUUGGUUUAAUAACAUGUGUAUUAAAUGUUUCUACUUUAUUUUGUGUUUCAUAUGUGCACCUUCACUCCUCUUUGAGCAACAGGAAUUGGUCUACAGUCUACAUUCAAAGCAUGGUUUUUCUGUCCCUCUGUUGUACAUGGAUUCCAUCUAUUCAAAAGCUGGAGCUGAGAGAGUCAAAGAAAGCUUUUCUGUGCCUAAGAAAAGCUGCUCAUCUUGGCCUAGAGCAUCCUUCGCCAAUCUGGUGCCUUGCAGAUGUUUUGGACUAUGACUUCCAUCAGCCUGAUGGGAAUGGGCGGCCAAAACAUCUGGAGGCGACCUGGUUGGAGUAGGCUGGCUUAGAGGGAGCCCAGGUGAGCGGUGUGGACCACAGUGAGAUGAUCUUCAUCUUUAGAAAUGGGCUAAGACGUAAAGGAAGGACCAUUUUCUGCAACCAAGUAUAUCAGGAGGACCCAUCAGGUCUGAUAACAUCAAAGGCCAGGUGUGUGCAAAACUUGAAUUGCGAAUGUUAUGUUUUGUCAUGAAUGUUUGAACAUUUUUUGUUUACCCUUAAGCUUUGAUUUCUUAAAAUAAACUCAACAUUACAUCUUUAAUUAAAAGUCUGUGGCCUACAGGGUUGCAUUCCACUUCACCAUGCCACAGUGCGGGUGUUACCACGUACAAGUUUCAUUUCUGGACAAUUUGGGGUUUUUUCUUUAUUCUUUCUAUGGUAAAUUUUGACUCUGGCUCCCUGUUUAAAUACCUCUGUGUGAGCAUGUGCAUGCUUGCAUGCGCGCAUACACCCUGAACUUUCCCUUUGUUCCUGAUGUGCAAUAUCUCCCACUGUGACCUGUGAGCACGCUCAGCCUGCUGCUACAACUGCUGAUGGACAACUUCAAGUCUCUUUGUCUUUAAAUCAGACUUGGCCCAGGCAGCCCUUCAAACCAAGGGCUUCUGUCCAUGGUAAAACAAGACACAUGGCCACCCUCAGCUCAGCAAGGG